AUGAUUGAUGGUUCUGCACUAAAUGGUAGCUGCCGGAUACCAACAGAUAUCUGCAGUGGGGUAUCAAGCAAGCUGCCCCAGGACGACUUGCAGGGAAUCCAGAAAAUCUACGGACCCCCUGCUCAGACCCUGGAGCCCACCAGACCCCUGCCCACCAUCGCCACAAGAAGGAUACACUCCACCUCGGAGAGAAAGCACGACCGGCAGUCCCGGCCCCCGCGGCCCCCCUCUGGGGAGAAGCCCUCCUCCCCCGGCUCCAAACCCAACAUCUGUGAUGGAAAUUUCAACACCGUGGCCUUGUUCCGGGGAGAGAUGUUUGUUUUCAAGGACCGCUGGUUCUGGCGACUGCGGAAUAACCGUGUGCAGGAGGGGUACCCGAUGCAGAUCGAGCAUUUCUGGAAAGGGCUUCCCACCCGCAUUGACGCUGCAUACGAGAGAUCUGACGGUAGAUUCGUUUUCUUCAAAGGUGACAGGUACUGGGUGUUUAAGGAGGUGACGGUGGAGCCGGGGUAUCCACAUGGGAUGGUGGACCUGGGGCGAGGGCUGCCACGGGACGGUAUUGACGCUGCCCUGCGCUGGGAGCCCGUCGGCAAAACCUACUUCUUCAAAGGAAACAAGUACUGGAGGUACAAUGAGGAGAAGCAAGCGUCAGAUCCUGGUUACCCCAAACCCAUCACCAUCUGGAAGGGAAUCCCUGAGGCCCCCCAGGGCGCCUUCGUAAGCAAGGAAGGAACGUACACCUAUUUCUACAAAGGGAAGCAGUACUGGAAGUUUGACAACCAGAAGCUGAAGGUGGAGCCAGGUUACCCGCGUUCCAUCCUGAAGGACUGGAUGGGCUGUCACCACAAGGACGUGGACAGGAGUAAAGAUCGUCGCCGGCCCAACGACGAUGUGGAUAUCAUGGUGCAGAUCAAUGACGUGCCGAGCACCGUCAACGCCAUCGCCGUGGUCAUCCCCUGCAUCCUGUCUCUCUGUAUCCUGGUCCUUGUCUACACCAUCUUCCAGUUCAAGCAGAAAAGCACUGACCAGAGCCUGGUGUACUGCAAGCGCUCGGUGCAGGAGUGGGUAUGACACCUGCGGCCUACCGGAGAGAGAGAGCGAGCCAGCCAGCCAGCGAACAAACGAACAAAC